AUGCCUCGCGUGGCACAGCUGCGAGGGACGAUUGACGGCGCUGCGACGCAGGCGAGCAGCGGCGUCGCCGCAGGAGACAACCUGCACGUCGCACGGCUGUAUCUCCUGUCGAAGAAGAACUCUCGUGCAAGGUGCUUGGACGGUAGUCCUGCUGGGUACUACCUGCGACGCGGGUUCGGAAGCGGCGCCAACAACUGGAUCAUGAUUCUCGAAGCUGGCGGGUGGUGUUUCAACGCCAAGUCUUGCGCGAAUCGAGCCAAGGGACCCCUGGGGAGCUCUAAGAAAUGGCCGCCGACCAGCGACGUGAAGUACGGCGGCGUGGGCAGCACGGACAGCGCCGUGAAUCCCGCGUUCUACAACUGGAACCUGGUGCUCGUCAAGUACUGCGAUGGCAGCUCCUUCACCGGCGGCUACGGCAAGCUUCCGCCAAACGCGGAGACGGGGCGCGCGCUCUACUUCCGCGGGCACUGGAACCUGCAGGGCACGCUGCAAGAUCUGCUAGCUCGGCACGGGCUGAAUGUGGGCAAGCAGAUGCUGGUGGGCGGCUGCAGUGCGGGCGGCGUCGCAACAUCAAUCAAAUGCGAUCAAAUCUCGAGGUGGAUGGCCAACUACAACGUCACCACCAAAUGCUUCAUGGACGGAGGCUACUUCCCAGAUGUGGCGGAUAAGGACGGGCAGUACAGCAUGAGGCAGAAGGUGCAGCAGAUGGCAGGCGUGCAUGACAUGGGGCGUAUUGGGGUCAACGCCGAGUGCAAGCGAGUCAACUCCGUUCUCGAGGUCCCGAGUAGUCUUGAAGGUUCCUUCCCACCCGUUGUGUUCCCGACACCUGAUGAGAGCGAGUCAACCACGAGGAGGUGGAAGGUCCUUCCUGACAUCUGGCCAACUCUCGCGGAGCAUACCGCUGUCAUCGUGGACAACGUCCAGGUCAACAACUUUGGAUGUGCCCUUACGCCUGACGCUGGUGAUGUCAUGUUGAGCCUGCUACCCCCAUGGCACAUGUACGAGCGCUCAUGCGAGUACUUUCUACUGAGCCGUGGGGUCCAAAUCAUCUACAGCAAUGUCAAGUCAUUCAAGGAAGACUUGAUCAAACACCCUCCGGACUACUUUGUGGCUGUUCCACUUGUCUUUGAGGUUUUAUACAGUGGAGUCCAGAAGAAGCUUGCUGCAGCAUCAGCCGCCAGGGCAGCAGUUGCCAAGUUCUUGAUAAAAGUCAGCUCCCUUCACAAGGAAGCUCUGCGCAUCUGGACAGGAAUGGCUGUGCUCCGCUCACGUGAAAACGUUCAGGGGCUCAUGUUUAUGAAGGCUGUGGCAGAAUGUUUGGGAGCUGGACUUUUAGCGCUGGUGCUGCUGCCUCUUCACCUGCUGGCGGAGAAGCUUGUGUACACCAAGGUCAAAGCUGCUAUUGGCAUAAAAAAGGCAUUGGGAAGCAUUGGGAGUCCCGUUCCUGGAACAGAGAUAAAGAUUGUAGACCUGGAGACGGGAGCUGGUCUUCCUGCAGGCCAACGAGGGUUGGUCAAGGCACGUGGCCCUCAAGUGAUGAAGGGCUACUACAAGAACCCGGCGGCCACAGCAAUGGCAAUUGACAAGGAUGGUGAAAAUGUGGAGCCUGCUUUUGUCGAGGAGGCUGCACUUAGCAGCCCUGUCAUCCGCCAGAUUAUGCUCGUCGGCCAGGACGAGAGAAAGCUUGGAGCACUGAUUGUUGUGAAUGAGGAGGAGAUGGAGGUUGCAGUGGCAAGUAUGAGAGCAGAGAAGGGGAUGGAGGGAGGCGAGGUGACAGAAAAGGAACAGAGGACUGUCGUUCGACAAGAGCUCACCCGCUGUUUAACGGAGGCAGGUUGUUUGCCGCAUGAACGGGUCGGUCCAUUUGCACUCCUUGAUGAACCAUUCACAGUGGAUAAUGGCUUCCUCACAGCAACAAUGAAGAUGCGGCGUGAUGUGAUUUACAGCAGCCACAAGGAGCUUUGUGAUCAGCUUUUCCAGCACUGA